UUUGUAAAAAUUGUGAUGUUUAUAGUAUUUCUAUGUUUAUGACUGCGACGUAAAAGUUUUCAUUAUGAGAUGUUUUUAAAUUGAUAUUUGAUUUAUAAUUUACGUUUUUUACUUAUUUUAUUUUUUCGAUGGGUCUACUAAAUGAAACUAAACAAGAAGUUUCUAAUUAUGUCAAGUUAAAUAUUGGUGGUUCUCUAUUUUAUACAACUGUAACUACACUUACAAAAUUAGACUCCAAACUUCGAGAACUUGUUUUAACAGAUUCUGGAAAUGUUUCACAAUCAUCUGAAUCAGAAGGUUGGACUUUCAUUGAUCGUUGUGGUAAACAUUUUGGUACUAUUUUGAAUUUCUUGAGAGAUGGUUCAGUUCCUCUUCCAGCAUCUUGUGUUGAAAUAUCAGAAAUACUAGCUGAAGCAAAAUACUAUGGAGUAGUUGAACUAUCUGAAGCGUGUGAACAAGCCUUACAAAAAAAGAGAAACAAAAAUACAAAUAUUACAUGGGUUACGUUGACGACAUCUCAAAAUGAAACUCAAAAAUUGAUAUCUGUUAGUUCGAAGCCCGUAGUGAAAUUUGCUAUUAAUCGACAUAACAAUAAAUAUUCUUAUACUGGAGCUUCUGAUGAUAACCUAUUGAAAAACAUUGAACUUUUUGAUAAAUUAGCCGAGAAGCAUAGAGAACGUGGUUUAUUUAUUAAGGACGUGAUUGGAUCUAAUGAAAUUUGUUGCUGGACUUUUUAUGGCCCAGGAGGUGCUGUGAAAAAAGUAGCAGAAGUCUGUUGUACUUCAAUAGUUUAUGCAACUGAUAAGAAACAUACAAAAGUUGAUUUUCCUGAAACACGUAUUUUAGAAGAAACUAUGAAUGUGAUGUUGUUAGAUACUAGAGCAAAUAAAUCGAUUCAAGAAAAUGAAUUAAUAGAAGCAACGUCAAGUUCCAACAGUAGUUGCCACUGUUCGUGUUCAAGUCAGUGGUCAGAUACUCAAUCAAAUAACAGCAUUAUAAGUACUUUUAAAAAUAGUUUAUCUUUGAAGAAUGAUUUAUAAAAAUUCAAAUAAAUAUUGUUAAAUUGAAUAAAACAUUGUGUAAGCUGUUGUAUAUAUUAUUCAUAGACUAAACAACAGAUUUAUCUGAUUACUUAAUAAGAUUAUAUGAAUUGUUUCCCUAAUAUCUUUUAUUUAUAGUGUAUUGCAUAAUCAUUUAUACAUAUAAUUGCUUAGUAAUGUAUGACUAGUAAAUUAU